CCCGAUAUCGCUCACAAAAUUUACAAAUGAAAAGUUUUGGGUAAAAAAUCGCCUCUAUCAUGAAGCCUAGCCCGAAAAAAUCCGUUUCCUCCAAGCUGAAGCAUCGGACGAAGUCCUCCAGCAGCGGUUCAGCAUCUUCGUCUGCGGCUGCAUCUAAUGCAGUCAGCAAUUCCAACAACAUCGGCAAUAACAGCACUUCUGGCGGUGGUGGCCUGGGACAGAUGGCCCAACAGCAUCAUCAUCACCAUCAUCAAUCACACCAGCAGUUGCGAUCCAUCGUCGGUGCUGCAACUACCGCUGGUGGAAGCGAUACCAAUUCGUCGGGUAACGAUGCCAAUUCCAGCGCCGCCGGAAAAGAUAAGGGAUCUUAUAAGUCAUACGCUGGAUUUAGUUCCCGUUCGGUGAGGACAAUUUGGGAACAGCAUGAUAAACAGGAGACGGAAGUGACUCCAGAGGUUUACAAUAAACUGGCAGAGGACACGACUUAUAAACUGUGGGAACUGGCAAACAGUAUUAAAACUUACACUCGCCACUCGAGCGGCCGGGUGACGUAUGAUCUUGUGAAUGAGGUGCUGAAGGAUUGCGACAUUCCACCGAUUGUGGGUGCCAAUAACGAACCGUGGGACAAGAUCGAGUACGAUGGCGUUUACUUUUUCAAUUCCGAUGAAGUCCUGGACCUUCGUGAGGAAUACAUCAAGGAUGUAACGAUGGAACAAAGUAACAUACCGGUGUUAACGACAUCCUGGAUGGCAGAAUCGGCCAUAGCCGAAGAUCUGAUCGAACUGUACAACAAUGUGUGCGAUGCUGUCUAUCUGGGCGAUGACAAGUGCUUCGAGGAGGCAAUUGAAAUACUGUCCAGUAAUGCCCACGUUCCCUCGUUGAUGAAACUGCUGCUGACAAAGGUAAUCGAAAUGCUGGGCUUCGAGUACACGGAGUGCACCUUGGUUCGAUCGCUGCAGUUCUUGGAAGCACUGGUGCGAAACUAUCACAUUUCCCAUUCAGAUCUGACACUGGAACUCAGUUUGCUCAGUCAAAUUUUCGUCAACCUUCUGCUGGGUGCAGCCAGUUUCAUGCAAAGCAAGUUCAUCGUUGCUCCGUCAUUGAAUCUCGAUUUGCAACCACAAUCGCAAACUUCCCAGCAUCAGCAACCGCUAUCAAUCAAUCAAAAUGGUACGGAACCUUCUCCGCAGGGUAACAUCGAUCAGUUGCAUUCGGGAUUUGGUCACUCGACACUUCCCAUGAACAUCUUGGACAACAAUUUGGCUGGUCCUUCGGAGGAUUCCAACAAUUCCAAUUCUAAUACCACGGAGGAACUGCUUCGUAGUAUCGAAAACAUUAAGGAAGGUCCAGAUGGAAUCGACAUCAACAACAUCAAAGAUGAGUACGAAGCGCUAUUCUCAAUGGUUCAAGGACUAGGAAAGCAGGAGGUUGAAGAAGAUCAGGAUAAUAUAACCGGAACCGAUGGCUUCCAGAUCAAGACCGAGUUCAACAACGACUUUGAUGCUUCGACACAAAACUUCAUGGUUCAGCAACCGCCGCCAAUCCUGGGUGACUCGGAGAUGACUUUCGACGUUAAACCGGAAAUCGUUGACAAGUUGAAGCAAGAACCGGCUGUGCUGGAAGACCCCGAUGACAAUGUAAGCCUGCAGAUGUCGGAAAGCACCAAUGGUGAAGUGAUAAAUCCCAAUUCGACUACGCUGGAGAGUGAGAACAUCACCACACUGAUUUGUGCCGAUUAUCUGGUGGACGAGGUUAGUCGGAUCAUUGGGCUUUGCUCGAGCAAGUGGGGCUUCCUGGAGCAGGAGUGCACGUUUCUGCUGGUGGAACGACUGCAACGGUAUUUUGGCGAAGAUAGAAAGCCUAACUCGAUCGACUACCAUUGGUUGUCGCGUAUUUUGCGUGGAUUAUGGUCGGUCGGAGAGUUUUCCUUCCGCGAAAUGAUACCGUACUUUGAAAAAAUUGAUCCGGAACAUGUGCCGGAAUUUGUGAACCCUUACCUGAAUAACGCUGGACUGUUCCUUCAGGGUAGAAGUGACAUCUUUCUCUAUGAGUACCUCAGCGAAAUCUGCGGAAUUGGACUGCUUCCUUUCAUGUUUCAGUAUGAACAGUACAUCGAGAGCAAGCACCAAACGUUCCAUCGUUUACGGGAGAGAGCGAAUCAAGGUAAGCAAUGCUACAAAAUAGCCCCAAAGGUGCUGCUCAAGGUGCAUCCCAAACCAUGCCACUUGAAACCACCGCCAACGGUCCAUGACUUUUUCCCCGAACGAAUCGACAAUCAGCUCGCCCCAAGCAGCCAUCAUCAUCCCUCGCCUCGGUUCAAUUUCCGCUUUGCCGGCUGUCGACCGGUGGGCCUCAAGUCGAACAAAACUCGCUUUACUAAUGGUCGGUCCUUGCCGUCGACCUCGUCGUACAUUGGCAUGCAGGUUAAUCACGAUGGCAAUAGCUUUCAUCAACCAGCGGCACUGAAGCAGAACGACGGUUUGUUGCGGAACUUUCAGGCGAAAGUAGUGAUUGCUCGGAGAAGACUGCUGGCCCCGGAUACAAACCAGCGUCGCCCCAGGAAGGUGUACUGCUAUGGUUCUACCACCCUGUGAGGGAGCCAGGUUAGUGCUCAUUCAUAAUGGUAAAAUAUAGGGGCAUAUUUCUUUCAUGAAA